GGUUUGGACGAUCACCACCGCGUUCAGUAUCGUUCAUCGGUCGGUCCGGGUAGCAUCUCCGCUGACGACGACCACGACGACGUGUUGUGAGUGAUAGGAGAUGGUACAGCGUGUAGCGUGUUGCUGAUGCGCAGCGAAAAACAGUGAACAGGGUCAUUAGCAGGUGAUCUUUAGUGGAGCUACCGGAAAACUCCCAAGGGAAAAGAUGAACUUUGACGCAGACCAGCAACAGCAGCAGCAGCAGCAGCAGUUGGAGCGGUCGAUGCUGAAGCUGGGACCUUUUGACCCACCUCAAACGCCGGGAGGAUACGGAGAGCAGUAUGGCUACUCAUCGCCCAUCACUCCAGUGACUCCCAACACUCCGCUGGUGUGCUAUCCCAUGAAAAACCGUGUGCUACGGCCGGGAGUGAAUCGUAAAUAUCGGAAGCGAGCCAUCUUGAAAAAUGGAGACUGUAACGUUGUGCUGUCCCGUCCUCCGAGGCAACAUUUGCGCUUUUUGCAGGACAUUUUCACCACGCUGGUCGAUGCUCAGUGGCGCUGGACGUUGCUCGUGUUUGCGUUCAGCUUCGUUGGUUCGUGGCUGUUCUUCGCCGUCAUCUGGUGGCUGAUUUCGUACACGCACGGUGACCUUGAGGAGUUGCAUCUGCCCGAUAACCAAUCUGAAAUCGGAUGGAUACCGUGCGUGUACAACAUCUACUCCUUCACUUCGGCGUUCCUGUUCUCGAUCGAGACGCAGCACACGAUCGGGUACGGUGUGCGCACGACGACGGAAGAGUGUCCGGAAGCGAUCUUCGUGAUGUGCUUCCAAUCGAUCUACGGCCUCAUGAUCCAGGCGUUCAUGGUGGGCAUCGUGUUUGCGAAGAUGACGCGGCCGAAGCAGCGCAGCCAAACGUUGCUGUUUUCGAAAAAUGCCGUCGUUUGCCAGCGCGAUGGUGAGCUGUGCCUGAUGUUCCGCGUGGGGGAUAUGCGCAAGAGCCACAUUAUCGGUGCGUCUGUGAGGGCGCAGCUGAUAAGAACGAAGACGACGCGCGAGGGCGAAACGAUGGCCCAGUAUCAGCAUGAGCUGGACGUCGGGUCGGACGGUAGCUCGUCGGAGCUGUUCUUCAUCUGGCCCCAGAUUGUGGUGCAUCGGAUCGAUAAGAACUCGGCGCUGUACAAUUUGUCCGCGUCCGAUAUGCUGCGAGAGCGGUUCGAGAUCGUCGUCAUCCUGGAGGGUACGGUAGAGUCGACCGGGCAAUCGACACAGGCCCGAUCGAGCUACGUCAACACGGAGAUCUUGUGGGGACAUCGGUUCGAGCCGGUCGUAUGCUACAACAAGGAACAGCAAGGGUAUGAGAUCAAUUACAGUAAGUUCGAUUCGACGCUGCAGGUAGAUACGCCGCUCUGCUCGGCUCGCGAGCUGGCCGAGUUCUACCGGGCACAGGAUGACUAUCGCCCUCCGACCGAUGCUGGUGACAACAUGUCCACCAAGACGCAACUCGAGCGUCGCUGGAAAGACCACUACAGCACGCUGGUCAACACGCUCAGCCAGUACAACUUGGCAGAUGUCGGCGGCACUGGCGGCGUCGGCACGGAUCAUCUCUAUCCGACACGCUAUCUCACGAUACAGGGCGUUCCGAGGCGGAAAAAGUCGUACGUCGCCCUCCAGACCAAUCUGUGGAAUCUGUUCGAUCGGCCACCGAAUCCCCGGCUGCAGCUAACGCCGACCGAAGACGAUUCGAGCAGUGUGCGACGAGUGUCGGAUGAUGAUCCGAUCGUCAACAGUGUGACGGUGAAAAGCGUCAACGAACGACGAACAUCCGGUGGAGGCGGAUGAUGCCGAUUGGAUCUGGCUGACUGGUGUUGGUGUGUUGCAAAGAUCUGGUUUUACGGUACGUGCUGGUCUUUCUUUGCCCGGGCAGGAGUGUGCGUGUGUUUGUACUUACGUUAAAGGUUUAGUAGUGUUUAGAAGUAAACAAUCUCGUCCUAGCUUGAUGGCAGUAGGCCGGUACAGGCAAGAAAAAGAGAACGAGAGAGAGAGAGAGAGGAGAGAAUGAGAGAGAAAAUAAAUCUACUCUUCUAUUUAUCAUUGGAAGAA